UCAAACCAAGGAGAGGGAAGUCGGGCGAGCUGACGGAAGAGACGGCCCGGGAGCCGGAGUUGGCGCAGUCGGAGGGGAACCUGAUGUGCCGGCUGGUGUCCGACCCGCCCGAGGACGGCGCGUUGGAGCCGGUGCCCGAGGAGCCCGAGGGCCUCGACGUGUCGCCGGAGGCCACCGCCACCUACUAUGAGGAGCCCGUACUGACCAAGCUGAUCGUGGCGAGCUAUGAGGGAGAGACAGUGCGAGGUCUUUAUGAAGGUGUAGGGACUGCCUAUUUCCAAGGAGGUCAUGUCUAUGAAGGUAUGUUUUCGGAAGGCCUGAUGCAUGGUAGAGGCACCUACGUGUGGGCGAACGGAAUAAAGUAUGAAGGAGAUUUUUCGAUGAACACCCCAACAGGCCAUGGCACUUACACAUGGACUGAUGGCAGCACCUAUGUUGGUGAUGUGCAAAAUGGAAUACGCCAUGGACAGGGGAUAUUCACGAGUCCUGAUCGAUCUGUUUCUUACACUGGAGAGUGGUACUUUGGUAAGAGGCAUGGAAAGGGAACAAUAUACUAUAAUGAAGAAGGAAGUUCAUGGUAUCAAGGUGAUUGGGUGAACAAUGUCAGAGAAGGCUGGGGCAUUAGACGGUAUAAGAGUGGGAAUGUGUAUGAGGGAGAAUGGAAAAAUUUUAUACGCCAUGGAGAAGGCACAAUGAGUUGGAUUUCUACUAAUGAAGAAUACACAGGCCAGUGGGAAAAUGGUAUUCAGCAUGGAUUUGGGACUCACACCUGGUUUCUGAAGAGGGUGCCAGGAACUCAGUAUCCAUUAAGAAAUCAGUACAUAGGACAGUUUGUAAAGGGACUCCGUCAAGGACAUGGCAAAUUCUUCUAUGCAAACGGGGCUUUGUAUAGUGGUGAAUGGCUGGCAAGCAAGAAACAUGGUUUAGGAACAUUCAUCUUUAAGAAUGGUCGUACUUUUGAGGGAGAGUUUUUGGAAGAUCGUAUGGCAGAGUUUCCUAAUUUUUCGAUUGAUGGGAUGAAUACACCAGACCUCAGUACAAUACGCACCCAGUCACCAUUUGAAACUGGCAAUGUGAAAGGAAGUGGAUCAAAAGGUGUUAUUCAAUCAGUUCUGCAACAUAAUGUGGAGCUUAAUAUUGCUUCACUUUUGGAGAAGAUCCCAGAGGAUGACAGACAAAAUGAGGUUUUGCAGUUUUGUUUUGUGCAGUUAGAGUAUGCUAUUCUUCGACAUUUCACACAACUGAAGAGAAUCUACAGUUUCUACAGUAGUCUGGGACAUCAGCAAUCACUGGAUAAUACCUUCUUAAUGAGCCAGCUCCAGUUCUGGCGUUUUCUGAAAGACUGCAAAUUUCACCAUUAUGGUUUGAGCCUGGCUAACAUGGAUAGAAUCCUUCAUGAACAAUUCACUACAGUGGAGGAUACUCACUCUCCGUUUGAUACAUUAUUGCUGGGGAAGUUCCUGAGCUACCUUGUUAUCCUGGCAUACCACAUUUACCACAAAGAACAUGAAGGCCAGCAUCCAAUUCUUGAAGCUUGCUUUUCCAAGCUAGUGACUGACAAUCUUAUUCCUUAUGCCUGCACUGUUAAUGGGAGUUUAUUUCAACAACACGAAAGUACUACAAUCACACUUGGCUACGCAAAUAAAUGCUGGGAGGUGUACAGAGCCUAUUGUGAACAAAACCGUAGGCCACCCAACACCAGUAUCAUGACAAUGAGACACUUCCUGUGGAUGCUCAAGGACCUAAAUUUAUUGAGCAAGCACUUAACAGCAACUUGUACUAUAGAGAUCUUGUCUCAGGAUAACCCUGCAGUGUCUGACGGAACUUACAAUAACAUGGACAUUGAGAUGGUUUUCUUAGAAUUUUUGGAAGCCCUCCUCUCAUGUGCAGCAGUAUAUGUGACUAAAAGAAUGCUUGAGAAUUCAGAAGCAUCCUCUACCAGGUCAAGUGGUGUGAAUCUAACACUUGUAGUAAAUGCUACGUCUGCUCAACCAAGACAAGAACCUUCAGAGCAGCAGGUCAUUGUCCAAGGACACAUUUCUCCAGAACCAAAUGGACGUAGUGUAAAAUCCCUCGCGAAGAAGCGUGGAGAGACUAAUGGAAGCACUUCAAGGAGAUCAGAGCGUAAGAAAAAUAAAGCAUCUGCCUCAUCAGCUGAGAAGUCUUUGAAAGCAUCUGCCCAUCAUGAUCAGAAUAAAUCUGCAGCUUCAACAAAAGCAGUUCAGAAGGAAGAAGAGCUAAGCCGGAAUGCAUCACCGUCGCUGGCUCCUGUGGAAUCCAUAGCACCAUCUGGAGAUUCAGUGAGUGAAAUAAGUGAACAAGGCAAAGCACCAGAAGUUUUGUUACCAGAGCCCAAGGUAGCAAAAGCUUUAGAAGAAAAGGUUCCAACUGUGAAGCCUUCCAUACCAAAACCUGCGGUCAAGUCAGGGGCUGAGCUGGAGUUCUGGUUGAGUCAAAUCUGUUUCUUCUUCAUGAAGAGACUGUUUCCGGCCUUCGAGCAUGCUGAAGUCUUGAAGGUGGAGGCAAAGAGAGACAUAGUGAGACAGAAUGAGCUGGCUCGCCAAGCAAGGAUAGAGGCUGAAACAAGAGCAAGGGUGAAAGAGAAAGUUACAAAAUGCAGCCCAGAGAAUGAAUUGUCAUUGAAUGCAGAGAAUACUGGAUCACAAAGUGAUGAAGAAGAUAAAAAUUCUGCUCCAAUGCACAAGGACAGUCUUUCUGCAACGUCCACCAAGAAAAACAGUGCAACCAAAAAGAAGAAAAAAUCCAUGUGAACUAGUUCCUCACUAUAAACUGGGAGCAAUUUUAAUAAACCACAAGACUAUUUGUAUUAAUCCAAUAAUUUUUGCACUCUCACAGAAAUGUAAAAUUGGAUAUUAAGAAAAACCUUUGCAAUGUUUCUGUUUAAAUGUAAGUCAUAACCGGGGCUGAUGCACAAGAAGAUAUAUGGAAUAUAUGUUCUAUUUAAUAACUGUUCCAGAGUCCCUCCAUGGCCAUGCCCCCUGGUAUCUCAGUAGUCAUUUCCAGCCCUCCAAAUUCUCUGUGCUCCUCCAAUUAUACCAUUGUUCAGUCUUGCCACUGCUAGUGGCCGUGACCUUGGCUGCCUGGACUGCAAGAUCUUGUUUUCACGCUCUGCAUCUCUGCACCUUUUCUUCUUCCUUUAAGAUGUUCCUUAAAACUUAUCCCUUGACCAAGCUUUUGUUUACUAUUUUAAUAUCACCUGUAUCCCUCAGAGUAAAAUAAUAACACCUAUGAAGUUCUAAGGAUGAUUUGCUACAU